AUGGGGAAAUGGGGCUUCGGCUCCGGGCCGGUGCAGUACGGUGUUUAUAGCAUUUUGGCCCCUCCCCAAGUCCCGACCAAGGCGACCAAAGUCGAACCAAACAGAACCCCUCUCCCAGUCCUUGGACGGCCGGGUGACAAAGAGUGGCCGGGGAAGGGUGGCAAGCAAAAGCAACUCAACUCGACGCCCGUCUCCUCGGAAGGAUCCACCCAUUCUCGCCACGCGCUGGCCGGUUCCGGCGGCCGGGCCGGGGGGGAGGAGCAGGAGGCUGGCUAUGAUGUGGGCUGCUGCUGGACAAAAGACGGCUGCUGA